AUGUUUGGUUUAUAUUUAAUUCGUGUUAUUUCUACUAUUUAUAUCAUCAAUGUUCUACUAUUAGUAUUAAUUAGUUUUUUGGACACAGCUCGAGCACAAACCGCGUCACAGUCACCGUUUCAUUCAAACUAUUGUGAUCAUACUUAUAUUCCAAAACAUUUAGAUCCAACGAUUAAAUGUACAACAUUAGGUUUAGUACGUGGAGUUAAAUUUGACUUUUAUCUCAAAGAAUCAAAUACAACAAAAAACGAUGAACAACAAAGUGUCUAUGCUUAUUUAGGCAUACCAUACGCUGAAAAUCCCGAAAAUUUACUUCGUUUUAAAAAACCUGUACCCAAACGUCCCUGGCAUAAUGCCGAUAAUAUGAUAUAUAAUGCAACAAUGUUACCAAAUUCAUGUUAUCAAAUGAUUAUUGACUUUUUCAACACGUCCGGAGAAAAAAUAUGGACACCCAUUACACCGAUGAGUGAAGAUUGUUUAUAUUUAAAUAUAUGGAUACCUACAAAAAGAGUGUCCUCCGAACCAUUAGCCGUUAUGGUUUGGUUUUAUGGUGGGGGAUUUACUAGUGGAUCAAGUACUCUUCGGUUAUACGAUGGUUCUAUAUUAGCAGCUACCAACAAUGUCAUAGUCGUAUCAAUGGAAUAUCGCGUUGAAAGCCUCGGUUUUCUAUACUUAGGAACUGAGGAUGCUCCGGGCAAUCAAGGACUCUAUGAUCAAUUACUUGCAUUAGAAUUUAUUCAUAAAAAUAUUCAAUAUUUUGGCGGUGAUAAUCAACGUAUUACACUGUUUGGUGAAUCAGCGGGAGCUGUUUCUGUUGGACUUCAUUUACUCUCACCUAAAUCUCGACAUUUAUUUAAUAAUGCUAUUUUGCAAUCGAGUGGAGCGAGUGCAAAAUGGGCUGUUUUAAAUCAGCGUAUAGCCAAAUUUCGCAGUGAGAAAUUUUUGGAUGUUUUAACGAAUUAUAUUUAUGGUAGAUAUUCAAAUGGACCGACAAAUGGUGGUAUCGAUCCUGAGUAUGAAGCCAUACCACCUAUCUGUCAAAAACCAAUGUUAACAAUCCAAGAUAAAUUUGCAUGUGUACAAAAAUAUCCCGUUCUAAAUCAAAUACAUUUUCGUUCAUCGUGGGCACUGGAAUCGUAUAAUGGCGGUCCAGUUGGCUAUACGUUUGUACCCACCAUCGAUAAUGAUUUUGUUCCAUAUGAUCCUGAAUUAAUGUUAACCGAUAAAAAUUAUAAAAAAUGUCCACUUUUACUUGGUGUUAACAGUGACGAAGGUUCUUACUUUAUUAUUUACGUACCACAUGGUAACAUGCCACUUGACUCAUUGCCCUACGUCGAUUAUAAAACAUUUAAGAAUGCAAUGAAAGAAUAUUUUCGAUUUUUACCAUCUUACCCAACCGAACGACCGCCAAUGGUUUUAGAAUCGAUACUCCAAACGUAUACACCAUGGGGUGAUUUUAAUAAUACUGUUAAAAAUGCUAUACAAUUGUCAAUGGCUGUGGGUGAUUAUCAUUUUACUUGUCCGACAGUAUAUUUAGCUGAUAUUUAUGCCCAAGCUGAGAUACCGGUGUAUUUUUACCAUUUUACUUUACGUGCUUCUGUGUCACCUUGGCAUCAAUGGAUGGGAGUUUUACAUGCUGAUGAAAUUAUGUUUGUAUUUGGUGAACCGUUAAAUAUUACGGAUGAAUUACAAUAUACAAAUGAAGAAAUUCAAACAAGUAAAAAAAUGAUGACAUAUUGGACAAAUUUUGCCAAAUAUAGUAAUCCUAAUCAACGUCAUGAAUCUAAAUGGGCCAAUGACUGGCGUCUAUAUAAAUGGCCUUCACGAGAACAUAUAAUUUUGAAUACAACAUUGCAACCGCCAGGUCAUGGUCAAGCUAUCAGAGCGGAAUAUUGUUCAUUUUGGCUUGAUUAUAUACCAAAAUUAAUGCUUGUCACAUCCAAUGUCAGUGACGAUGAAAAAUUAUGGAAACAAGAAUUCCGUGAAUGGCAAUCACGAUAUCAGCAGUGGGAUUAUCAUUAUACCCAAUACAAUUCAUUGUUAGAUAAAAAUAAACAACGUUUAUCAAAAUGUUUAACAUAA